UUCCUCCAGUGUUCUCUGAACCCGGCUGUUUGUGUGCGCGAGCGUGUGAGGGUGAGAGAGUGCGGAUAGGAAGAUGUUGGGCAGGGCGAUGGGGCAGCAGCGUGGAGGAACUUUAUCGGCCAAAACAUAAAGCCGUUCUUCACUCGACCUGAUCGGAUUUUUGUGUUAAAAGGGACACAGGAGCAUUCUGAGUGGAUUGUUUGUGUGUGAGGUGGGAUGUUAUCGGUACUCUCCUAUGGACGGAUCGUUGCCAGGGCCGUCCUGGGCGGACUCUCUCAAACCGAUGGCCGGGAUUACAAACUGGUCACGGCGAGCUGCGGUUUCGGCAAAGACUUCCGUAAGGGCAUCCUCAAGAAGGGCAUGUGCUACGGGGACGAUGCGUGCUUCAUAGCGCGCCACAGGUCCGCCGACGUCUUAGGUGUUGCGGAUGGGGUGGGUGGAUGGCGCGAUUAUGGCGUUGACCCGUCCCAGUUCUCAGAGACACUGAUGAGAACGUGUGAGCGGUUGGUGAAGGAGGGACGCUUCACUCCCAGCAGCCCCGUGGGGAUCCUCACCUCGGCUUACUACGAGCUCCUACAGAACAAAGUACCUCUGCUGGGCAGCAGUACAGCAUGUAUAGUGGUGCUGGACCGGAGGAGUCAUCAAAUCCAUGCGUGCAACCUGGGGGAUUCGGGGUUCCUGGUGGUGAGGGGCGGCGAGGUGAUCCAUCGCUCCGACGAGCAGCAGCACUACUUCAACACCCCCUUUCAGCUGUCGAUCGCACCACCGGGGGCCGAGGGGUCCGUCCUGAGCGACAGUCCUGAAAUGGCAGACAAGUCUUCAUUUGACGUCCAGCUUGGUGACAUCAUCCUCACUGCCACGGAUGGUCUUUUCGACAACAUGCCGGACUACAUGAUCCUGCAAGAGCUUAAGAAGCUCAAGAACACAAAUUACGACAGCGUCCAGCAGACGGCGCGCAGUAUAGCGGAGCAGGCCCACGAGCUCGCCUACGACCCGAACUACAUGUCCCCUUUCGCCCAGUUCGCCUGCGAUAACGGCCUCAACGUCAGAGGAGGAAAACCCGAUGACAUCACAGUGCUGCUCUCCAUCGUGGCCGAAUACACGGACUGAGCUCGAUCGGCGGAGCUUGUCUCUCUUUCUCUCUCUCUCUGUCUCUCUCUCUCUCUCUCUCUCUUUAUCGUCCCGGUGUCUUCCUCCUCGUCUGCCACUCGUCUGGAACCGUCUCUCGCCCCCAUCCUUCUUUUCUGUUCUUGUCCCGAGUAGCUCAUGGGAAGAUAAGGAGAGCGUGAACUCACCUUUGUGGGUGGACAAUGAUUCUAUAGGAGGCUAUUUGUGCUCAUGCACCAGAGGAUUAUGGGAGGAUGAGUCAUCUUGCUCGUCCUACGCCUCCAUCGUAUGUUAUUUAAGCUGUUUUUUUUUUUUCUUUCUUUCUUUUCGGAUCGGAGAGCGAGCCGUGCGUUACCCAAGGUGCUUCUAAAAGAGAGCGCUCUCUCAGCGUGGACACUGUAGGGGAUGUUUUUAUUUUUAGCCCCUUUUAUAGCUGGGAGAAUGUAAACUGUAUGUGUAAGAGCAUUGGUUAAGAUUGUCUGCUAUUUAAGAUUAUGCUCCUGUGUGUGUGUGUGUGUGUGUGUGUUGUGUAAAUGGUGGGUUAACGUGUGUGUUUCAUGUCAUUCGGUUCAGCAAGUGCAGCUCAGGAUUGGGUGACAUGGCAACGCCCCCUUUUUUUUGUAAAUUAAGCAGACAAGGCUUGCUUCUCAUGGCGAUAUUAAAAUGGGGGGCGUGGCCAGCGGAGGACAGCACAGAAGAAGCAGGACAAAGAUGCAAAACUGGUUUUUGGUCAUUUGUGCUUUUUUUUUUUUUGAGUGGGGGGGGGGGGGGGGGGGGUUGGAGAAAGACUGUAAGCUGAUACUGUAAAGUCUGAGUGAAUUUAGCCUUUGUGUGAGACCCAGGGGUUUAGAGUGGCAUUAACAGCUUUCCGAACUGCAUCAUGGGUCUGUAGCUAGUACAGGUGUGAGACCCAGGGGUUUAGAGUGGCAUUAACAGCUUUCCGAACUGCAUCAUGGGUUUGUAGCUAGUACAGAGGUCUGUAACGUGCUUAAUAAUAAAUAAUAAUAAAUUUCCAUAACAAUCCCGGCCACGCUAGUCUGGAUUAGUUUUAACUAAAGAAAAUAAAUUGUAUGUGAAAAUUUUUAUUUUUUAUCCUCCCCUCCCUCCCCCCUCUUUUCCUAGAUGAGGUUUGUCCAUCUCGUGGUCUCGUGUGGCUCGAGUACAGAACAGUGCUCUUCCUGCCCGAACUAAUGAAUUCAUCACAUCUGUAUCUUUAUCAUUAUCGCUCGCUCUGGCUCUCCAUCCCACGCUGUCUUUUAGACCUUAAGUUCUAAUCCAACAGGGGUUCUGUGAACUCUAGAGGUCCGUUAAGGUGCUGCAGGGGGGUCUACGGCCGUGCCUGAGAGUUUUAAAAACACAUUUAUAGACUGUUAAAAAGUGUUCUUUGGCUGUUAAAUGGUUUUACUUACUCAGAAACUUUCCUCGAACCCUGCUGUAGGAUUCUUUUUAUAGAUAUUUUUGUCUGCAGUAUUUUCUAAUGAACGUAUACGGCUCUCGUUCCGAAAAUAAAAUCUGCAGAAUGAGUAACCCUGACCCGGAUAAAGUAUUUACCGGAGACGGACGAAAACACAGCGCCGUACGAGCAAAAUUUUAUAUAUAUGUGUAUAUAUAUGGUAGUGAACUGAAGGAUCCCAGUCCUGAUGCACACCUCUGUAACACCCCGAUAUUGCAGUCAGAUCGGCUCACGCACGGUCCGAGAGCACUGUAUGCCCCCUCUAUAGGUACAUAUUCAAUUCAAGUGUGAAAAAUGACUGGUGUCAAACGAGGCAGUACGAGAUUAUUCCUUUUUCCAUCGUGUUUCUGGUGAAAUGCUUCGUUUCUCGUGAUGACGCGUUGACGUGCGCGUUCCAAAUCCAACAUCGGCAUCAUGAACCGAAUUCAUGAUCCGUCGAGUUUAUUCGAACAAGAAGAAAAUGAUUUGAGGUGCAAUACGAUAAAUAAAAAUGACGGGUUUUAUUUCAAAUAUUUGUUCUUUUUACCCGCCAGUCCAGCCACGCAGGACCUCAGAUGGACUCCUUCGUCCAUAUUCUCUAUUAUCGAGUGCUGUCCAGAUUGUGUUGUGAACCGAUAUGUGUAGUGCCCUAGGAGUGUAGGACGUGUGUGUGUGUUAGAGGAGCUGCACGAGCACAAACGCGUGUGUGGAAGCUGUCCAUGAAAAUCACUAGGUCAGGUAUGUAAAAACAAAAAGUUUUAUUUUUCUAAGCUCUUCGUUUUUAGGAGAACUGAGAAGCGACUGACAGUCGAGCUGUGUUAGGGGUGAGGUAGACGUGUGUGUGUGUGUGUGUGUGUGUGUGUGUGUGUGUGUGUGUGUGUGUGUAGAUGUGUAGAAGUGUUUAUUAUUUUUAAAAAAAAAAAAAAUUUUCCACUUUUCAUUUAUUUUUAGUUCUAGUGGACUUUCUUACCUGCUGCUUUUACUUUGUAAAUGAUAUGUGCGCAUGUGAGAUCAUGUAUUUAAUAUGUCUGUGUAAUGAGUGCUGGGGAGCGGAUGUCCUCCGUGUCCUUGAUGUUCAACAGCAGAGGACAAAAAGCAAAAAAAAAAAAAAACAGAAGAAGAAGACGACGACUACUCAAUUUGGCUCAUUUAUUCAUUUCUCCUGCUGUUAAUAAGCUGCGGGAGUUUUCGGGUGAACCAAAGACAUGCGCCCCCUCGCUGUUAUUUUAUUAUUUUGAAUAUUAUUCAGUCUUUUUAGUCUUAUUUUGUAUAUUUGGAUGAAGAAAUACAAAGCAAUAUGCAGUACAGUAACGUA